AUGGCUGCAUCUAUUCUGGAGGUAGGGAAUGUAAUUGAAGACGCACGCUAUGGCUCCAGUCCUCUGGCUAUGUUAACUGCUACCUGUAACAAGUUUGGCAGCACAAGCCCCGUCAGGGAUUCGGCUACACCCGGUAAGAUCGGCAGCGCAACUCCAGUAAAGAAGCCCUACAACAUGACCUCUGACCUUCAGACAGCUAAGAACGGGCGGACCGCAGACGGCAGCGGCCUGGCGGACUCCUACACUGGCUCCUUCACCACAGCUGGAGGAGGAGGAGGAGGCGGCGGGCUGCUUACCCCCACUGGAAGCCCCCCUCCUUCAGCCGGAGGCUACACUACAGAAUAUAACCCUUUCUCCCACUCUUUCCAAACCUCCAUCUCCCAGGACCCGUCUCUUUUAGUGUCCAAGGCCCACGCCACGGCCGACUGCCUCACCAGUGUCUAUACCUCGCUGGAUAUGACGCACCCCUACGGCUCCUGGUAUAAAGCCGGUAUCCACCCUGGUAUUACUGCUGCUCCGGCAAAUGCCACGUCCUCCUGGUGGGACGUCCACCCCAACUCCAACUGGCUGUCAUCAACCCAGCCCCAGACGGACGGAGGUCUCCAGGCAUCCCUGCAGCCUGUGGCUCCCCAGGCCUCCCUCAGCCCCCAGCUGCCCAGUUACAGCACCGACUUUACACCACUCAACCCAGCUCCUUACCCCUCUGUGGGGCUGGGCUCCUCCUCACACCUCCUCCAGCCCUCUCAGCACAUGCUGCCCCAGGACAUGUACAAGCCCAAGCCUGUACAAAGUGCAGGGCUGAUUGAGAGUCCCAUGGGCCUUAAGCCUGCUCGGGGAUCAGGGGGCUACAGCGGAGGAGGUGCCCCCACCAGGUCCUCAUGUGACUGCCCCAACUGCCAGGAGCUGGAGAGGCUGGGCGCCUCGGCCGCAUCCCUGAGGAAGAAGCCGGUCCACAGCUGCCACAUCCCAGGCUGUGGGAAAGUCUACGGCAAGGCCUCCCACCUCAAAGCCCACCUGCGCUGGCACACUGGCGAGCGGCCCUUUGUUUGCAACUGGCUCUUCUGCGGGAAGCGUUUCACCCGCUCGGAUGAACUGGAGAGGCACGUGCGCACCCACACACGGGAGAAGAAGUUCACCUGUCUACUGUGCAACAAGCGUUUCACACGCAGCGACCACCUCUCCAAGCACCAGAAGACCCACGCGGAUUCUGCAAUGCAGGGCAAGGCUGUGGCUGUGGAGGGAGAGACAGAUCCUCGCAGUGAGGACACCACAGAGCUCAACACCAGCGCUGGACCCAACAAUCCUGUCGCUGACCAAAUCACCAACGGAGAUGAGAAGACUGGCACACCUAAUGGAGUGGAGAACAGCAGUGGACUGUUGGAGAUCUGA